AAUGUUUUAAGUCUGCAGUUAAUAUACAAAGAAAAAAGAUUUCAGGGGCGAACACAGAUCUCUUGAAUUUCAUUGAUGGAUGGUAAACCAAAAUUUUGAUGAGGAAGUCAUACGUUGUUCAGCUGCUAAGCAUUAUAUGCACCUCCACAGAACUAAGUCUGUCUCUCCACAGAGAGAGAUUAUAAAAUGCAUGUUAUGAAUUGUGUCUCCUUGGUCAAUGAUAAAGAAAAUGGAGCAAUUUCAGCCGAAGCUGGAUUCAUGAUUGGCGAUACCAACGAACCAGAAGAGCGACCCCCUCCACCCCCACCUCUUCCUCCACCAUGCUUUUCCGCAGAAGCUGGAUUGCCUUUAUCAGCAGGAGUGCCGCCGCCGCCACCUCCUCCUCCCCCCAAUCUAAGCAGAUCUUCGGUAUCCCAGCUGUUGAAUGGACACAGCCACCUGAGCAAGAAGAAGCGAAUACGUAGUUUCUUUUGGAAAACGAUCCCCGAAGAACAAGUCCGUGGUAAAAACAAUAUCUGGACUAUUGGUGCUAAGCAGAACUACCAAAUCGACACAAAGACAAUUGAGGAAUUCUUUGGUCAGCAAGAAGAACCUGCGCCACUAGAAACUAGAAGCAGAUCUUUAAGAAGGUCAUUUAAAGAUUCCAAACAAGAGAUUAAUAUUUUGGAUGCCAAAAGAAGUAUGAAUAUUGGGAUUUUUCUCAAACAGUUUAAAAAGUAA